AUGGUGACUUACAAGUUUCACCAGUACCAGGUGGUCGGAAGAGCUUUGCCGACGGAGGCCGACGAGCACCCCAAGAUCUACCGGAUGAAGCUAUGGGCUACCAAUGAGGUCCGAGCCAAGUCGAAAUUCUGGUACUUUCUGAGAAAGCUGAAGAAGGUGAAGAAGAGCAAUGGUCAGGUUCUUGCUAUCAAUGAGAUAUUUGAGAAAAAUCCAACCACAAUCAAGAACUACGGCAUCUGGUUAAGAUACCAGAGUAGGACUGGCUAUCACAACAUGUACAAGGAGUACCGUGACACAACCCUCAAUGGUGCAGUCGAGCAAAUGUACACUGAGAUGGCUUCUCGUCAUAGGGUUCGUCACCAUUGCAUACAGAUAAUCAAAACGGCCACUAUUCCUGCAAAGCUCUGCAAAAGGGAGAGCACCAAACAGUUUCACGAUUCGAAAAUCAAGUUUCCUUUGGUUUUCAGAAAGGUGAGGCCCCCGACCAGGAAGCUCAAGACCACUUACAAGGCGUCCAGGCCCAACCUGUUUAUGUAA